AUGGAAUUGGUGUUGCUGAAAAAUCCGCUCACCAUUAGCGCCAAGACGCUAAAAACACUUAUAAACACAUUCAAGGACUACACAAAAAAACCAGUGUAUCCCCCCGAUGACGAAAAAGCCUACGACGAAAGUCAGGCAGCCGCUGAUCUAAUAAACGAAGCAAUAUACCAAGUAACUGUUGCAAUAGAUGAGCUAAAAAAGCUCGUCGCUCAAAUCAAAAAAGAAUAUGAGAGGAUUCAAGAUACGGGCGAAAGAGAAGACUUCUCUGACGCUUUAGAGAAGCUUGAAGAUGACACAAACUUCAAUGAAAUUUUGGGAGCAGGAACUGAAAUAAUUUUUAUGCUCAGAGCAAGGCUUACCGAAGUCAUUAGCACCCGCAAUAGACUGGGACGCAAACUAGGACUUACUGUACCUACGCAACCAAAUCCAACAGCAGUCACAAAUGGAAAUUUUAUUCAAAAUAACGAUAAUGAACAGCAGGAAAUCAGCGAAGAUAACGGAUGGAUAACAGAAAACAGCAAUGAUAGCACCGAUGUAGAAAGCUCGACAAUCAAUAACGACGAAUUGUCAGGCGUAGAUGAUAAUGGAGCGAAUAACAACGGCGAUCCGCCAGACAUAGGUGUCGACGCUGCUAAUCCGCCAACAGGUCACCAAGACCCCCCGCAGAGUCGGCCGCCGAGACAAGCUACGAUAAAUGCGCGAACAAUUAUACGUAAUUUCGAACGAAGCUUGGAGGAAUCGGAUGAAGCUGACGAAGGUUAUAGCAGAGCAUCAACUCCAAUACGCCAGAUGUUGUUUUCAGUUAUCACCGCAUUAUGUCUCAUCAAUCCAGUUGCAUCUGAUAGAUUGAUUUGCGAAAAAGGCAAUAUUAAGAUUAACAAUCCAAACACAACGUUCGAACUAUGUAUGGGGAGUCUUUGUAGAUCCUUUCCGAAGAUGGCUAUCGCAGAACGGGAGUGGUCAUUACCUCCAACGGCAUUAAAUAAGACCAUGUUUGUAUCCAUGAGGUACUUUCUGGAGGACCAAGAAAUCAUGGAACAGGCAUAUUGCGUACAGCCACAUAUAUGUGAUCAUUCGAAAGGAUUCCUAUCAAAAAAACUACUAGCAAACCCACAUUGUUGGCCAAACGGUGCCAUAGCAUCCCUUGGAUUAGCGCUUUAUGCGAUUAUUGUAACAACUAUUAUGCUCUCCACCUGCAUAAAAAGGUUACUAAUCCGUCCCGUACAAGUAACCGUUAACACAAGCGAUAAUGCAAGUGUGCGGUUAGAAUUAUUUAGUCCACCGACGAUCUAUAGAGCCGUGAACAUUGCCCUCGUAUGCAUACUGGCAUUAACAGAUGCGGCAGCAGCCUGCCAAAACGGCCACAUACGGCAAGAAAUCGAUUUGAUAUGCACCAGCCAUAACAGCUGCUCUUAUGAGUACAAAAGAGAAAUUCUAUUCAAUGAAUUGGAUUUGAAACUCUGCGUCAACAUUAUGCAUGCCAAUAAAUCCGUUGGUCUAAUUGAAGUAGAACGAUAUCCAACGAUAAUGCGAUGUGCGAAAAGAUCAUUGUACUUUACGAGAGAUGCGACGACCAGAGUAUUUAGCACUGUACGUUGCUCGCAGGCAGGGUCAUGCGUGAAUUCCAAAUGCUCGCAGACAACUGUCAAUACGACAAUCAAAGAGCUUGGCAAAGCAUACCAGUUUCCAGGCUACUCCGGGUGUCAGCAUUCAUGCGGCGGACUCGGUUGCGGCUGUUUUCUCCCGCUACCAGCUUGUUCGUUUUAUCGGGUCACACAAAUCCCAAGAAAUGAAGAGAUUUAUGAAGUAGUAUCAUGUCUGAAGUGGGAACCGUUGGUGAAUUUGAAAGUCCGAGUUUCACUCUACAACCAAGAAAAAGAAACCUUCAUUACAAGCGCACCUUACAUCAAACACGAAUUUCAAGGAAUGGAAAUCUCGAUAAUUUCGGUACAAUCGCCGCACUUUUCCAUGCUAGACAGAAAAAUAGCAAUAUCAAACAAGGAAGCUUUGCUUCUACCAGAAGGAUACGAACUAGCAGCUAAAUGCGCGACCUACCAAUCAGCAGCAAAAGAUUUCAAAAAUUGCGCCAACCAAAUGAUAUGCUCAUGCGAAGACGCAAAUGGAGCAAUCAAAUGUCACUGUCCUCAAAUGUCCAUUAGAGACGUGAAAAAUGACAUUACAAAUGUAUUUCCCAUUCAUACUCCCUUCACUUCCUUACAAAAACGAGAUAAGGAACUCUUCGUAAAAACGAUGCAAGGAGAAGUAGUCGUAUCGCUAGAAUCCCGCUCACUGAAGAACAGUGCAGAAUAUCUACUUGAACAAGAUUGCAAACUAAACGCGAGCAGCGUGUUUGGAUGCUACGACUGUCAGGAAGGAGCUCAAGUGAACAUCAGUUGCACAACCAAUGAAAGAGCAUGGAUUGUAAUCCAGUGCGGGGAACACACAUUCUCAGUAGAGUGCGAUUCGCAAGGAAAAGAAACUGCACUAGCAAUAGAAUUCCAAAAAGCAAUUGUACAAGAAACAUGCGUUGCACAAUGCAACAACAAGACUAUCAAAUUUGACCUUACAGGUACACUCAGUUUUGUACCAGACAUUGUGGAACACAUGUUGUUUGAAAAUCCCGCUCAACUAAGAAAUUCCCACAAAGAUUGGUUUGCCGACUGGAAAGUUCCAAGUAUUUUACCGAUCUGGAAUACUCUCUGCAAACACUGGCAAGUCACCACAGUUAUAUUGGGAUCAAUAACCAUCCUCUCAGUGAUAACAUAUUCUUCGGACCAGCACUAA